AUGGCAACUGUCGGUUGUUCCAACGCCAGUGACAUAUGUAGUGAUUUCAAUGAGAUAAAUGGCGAUCCACACAGAAUUUGGCUAGGGUGUCUCCCGACACGUAUUACGGAAUUUGCGGUUUUGCAGCUAGCUAAACAAUUCGGAGAAUUAUCCGAUUUCCAUUUUCCUGUGCAUAAGACUGGUGAUCUGCAAGGAUCUACAGUUGGUUAUUGUUUUUUGACAUACAGGUCGGUGGAUGAUGCUAAGAAAGCUUGGAAAGUGUUGGAUGGUUUGAAUUUUCAUGGAUAUACUUUGGUUGCUAGACCGGCUCGGCCAACUCGAGACGAAUUGACCGUUGCACAACGCUCAUAUGAUGAAGCUUCCAGACUUAGAAUAAUGGAAGAAACUAUACAACGUGAAGCUCAACUAGCAGCUGUGAUGGCCAUGUGUGAUUCUUCAAGUGUUUUAUCUAGUCGUACUGAAGACCCGUUUAGUGGAACAAUUUCUGACGAACAGCUAUAUCCUACUCCAAAAAUAUCUUUCUACUCGAACUACCCGUCUGUUUCAUCUUCCCAUGUUCACAGACCUGAUUUAUACGGAAAACAUGGCCUAAGCCAGAAUUCUCAAACAAGUUCCAAGAUAAAUUCUCAUAAUUUAACUUUGAAAACUUCUUCGUGCAACACAAAUCACCAUCGUCGUUCAAAAAAUCAAAUAGAAACCAAAACAGCUAUACAUCUAAUUGAAAGGGCUUUAAAAAAUUUGGAAAAAACACCAAUCGAUGGUAUAGCAUCAUUAAAACCAAUUACAAAUGGUCAUACUAAUCCUUAUUCUGAUGUAUUAAUAUUAAAAUCAACGAAUCUUGUAAAAUGUGACAAGAAUAAUCGAGUUCAUUAUUCUACAUCGUCACCAUCUAUAUCGUGUUCUAGGCGAAUAACUAUCAGAAAAACACAUGAUAACAAUACAAAAAAACUACAUGCACUCCCUCGUCAUCAUCGAUGUAAUGAAUCAAAUGAUCAACUGAUCCAUAAACGUGAUUUUAUUGCACAUCCUAUUUAACAUUAGACAUUUUCAUGUAGUGUAUAUGUGUGUUGGACUGUUCUUCUUGUGAUUUCAUCCUUUGUUUCCUUUCCAUGAAGCAUACUACGUAAAUGUGUGUGUGCUUGUCUUUUUGUAUAGCCAUAUCACCUAGUUCCAUUAAUCUGUAUUUUUAUUUUACCUUGUUCACUUAUAGUUUAUUCUUAUU